AUAAAAUUCAAACUGACUGGAGAAGAGGAGACCAGGUCCAAAGCGCUUUCGUCUGCCCUUUCACAGUGUAUCAGUUCCUGGCCUAUCACUCUUUAUAAGGCAGGAUGUAAGAACUUCUACACUCUGAAGGGGUCCUGCUCUGUGCUCUCCAGGAGGACAUGAUGAACAAGUUAAACAGAGAUGCUGCUGGAUUUCCCCGGCUCAGUCUGCUAGCAUUGACCCUCUCCAGGGUCACCCUACAUCACACCCACUCCCUACUGUGAUCCUCCUGCACUGGCCAUGCCUGGGUGGAGCUGCCUCGUGACAGGAGCAGGAGGGUUUCUGGGACGGAAGAUCGUCAGCUUGUUGGUGCAGGAGAAGGAGCUGAAGGAGGUCAGGGCCUUGUACAGAGUCUUCAGAGCAAAACACAGAGAAGAACUCUCUAAGCUGCAGACAAAGACCAAGGUGACGGUGCUGGAAGGAGACAUUCUGGAUGCUCAGUGCCUGAAGAGAGCCUGCCAGGACAUCUCUGUUGUCAUCCAUGCUGCUGCUGCCGUUGACAUCUUAGGUGCCAUUCCCAGACAGACCAUCAUAGAUAUCAAUCUGAAAGGUACUCAGCUCCUGUUGAACACCUGUGUGGAAGCCAGUGUGCCAGUCUUGAUCUACACCAGCUCAGCCAGUGUAGCUGGGCCAAACUCCUACAAAGAGGGCAUUCAUAAUGGCCAUGAGGCAGAACAUCAUGAAAGCACAUGGUCUGAUCCAUACUCAUACAGCAAAAAGAUGGCCGAGAAGACGGUGUUGGCAGCAAAUGGGUGCACCCUGAAAAAUGGUGGCACUUUGCGUACUUGUGCCUUACGACCCCCAUACAUUUAUGGGGCAGGAAGCCCUGUCAUUUCAACCACUGUGAACACAGCCCUCAAGAACAAUGGCAUGAUAACAAAUGUUAAUGCAUUGUCUCUGAUCAACCCAGUGUACGUGGGCAAUGUGGCCUGGGCACACAUUCUGGCCUCCAGGGGCCUGCAGGAUCCCAAGAAGACACCAAACAUUCAAGGACAGUUCUAUUACAUCACAGAUGACACACCUCAUCAAAGCUACAGUAACUUUCAUUACACCCUGAGCAAGGAAUGGGGCCUCUGCCUUGAUUCCAGGAAGAGCCUUCCUCUGUCCCUACUGUACUGGCUGGGCUUCCUGCUGGAAAUAGUGAGCUUCCUGCUUCGUCCAAUUUACAACUAUCAGCCUCCCUUCAACCGCUACUUAAUCACUUUGUCAAAUAGCGUGUUCACCUUCUCCUACAAGAAAGCUCAGCAAGAUCUGGGCUAUGAGCCCCACUUCAGCUGGGAGGAAGCCAAACAGGAGACUUCAGAGUGGAUCGGGUCACUAGUGAAACAGCACAAGGGGAAGCUCAACACAAAGACUCAGUGAUGGGAAGAUGGCAGAGACAUGACCCUGGGUGUUGUCAGGAGAUGAUUGUCAGGUCCCCCAGAAAGGGACAGAGGCUAAACCACAGGUCCUACUGCCUUCUUGUGACACAGUGGACAACUUAAUGUCUUCCUCUAGUCAUGAGAAGCUUUUCCAAUCACUGGCCCAGUCACAAGCUUAAUGUUCUAUCCACUUGCCCAAUGACACACAUGCUCUUGUGAUUCAGCUCCUGUGAUCAAAGGCUCAGUUUCUGGUGCUGAACUAUUUGGUACCUCUUAUAAUUUAAAGUUUUGUCUAGUGAUUCCAUUUCUCCUCUCAAAGCCUAAAGCAUUUUCCAUUUGAGAAAACUACCGUGCUUCAUGAAGCUCAAUAAAUGUUUUAACACAUAA